GCGUAAGUGUUGUGUGUCUGUAAAUCAGCGAGUUUUUCGACAUAGAAAUAAAAAUGAUGCUGAAAAGGGUAUCACAGUUCAAGCAAGAGUAGUGCUUCUGAUAACCUACUCCAGAGCCAAGUAGAUCCUGACUAGAAGUGUUAUGCUACAUUUCCAGGCACUGUUGCCUGACCUGAUGACCAUUGCUGGGUGUCAUGCUUGAAGCUGUACUGUUAUCAUCAUGGAGUCACAUCAUAGGUCCAGGCUUAUUAGCAUUCUGGACACCAGAAUGUACAGUUAAUGCUAGACGUUUCAGUCAGUCAGAUAUUGGUCUACAUCGUGAUGGCUUGCAGCCCAAUAUCUCCAAAUCUACUACAUUAUCUUCGUCAUUACCCAAUUCGGUACCUAAAAGCUGGUAUAAAAGGGACAGAAAGAAAAGUAAAAAUACACAUAAUGACUCUUCUGUUAAUAGUUUAUUAAACAACUUAAAACUUACUUUUCCAAAUAGUAAUGAUUGUAGAGAGGAAUCAAAAGAGGUUGACCCCCAAUUACUCCACUGUGUUGGGCAGAUAUUACAUGGAGAAUUACAACAAGUUCAUCCCUUGCCUUUACAGAAUGAUAUUUUUAGUCGCCUUCUGAUUACUCCUAACAAUAAAAUUAUUCACUCAACUUGCUUUAAACAGCAUCAGUCUGCAGAAGAGUGGUGGCAAGAUGGCACUCCUGUUUCUCUUGCAGUUGUAUUCAAGAAUGAUAAGGAUCUGGCAAGUCUCUGGCCCAUUCUGACUAUGACUGAUGUAAGAAUGACAAAGAUUGUAAAACUGGUAAAGGAGAAGGGACCAUUGAUUGACCAUUUAGAUUACAUUGGUGAUAUGUUGAACGACUUUUAUCAUACUUUACUUUCUCUAAAACCAUUUAUUGGCCCAUCAGAUGUCAAUUUUUGUGAUGAACAGGAUAUUGAUUCAGCUACAGGAGCUUCCUUGAAGUCUCUAACUCAGAGAGCUAUUAUGUCUCAUUUGCAGACCUGUGGCCACACUGUCGUUGUAGGAACAUCAGAGAGUAGUAUUAAGAAGAUGAUUCUCCAUCUGAAAUUUCUUCUCAACUCACAAGAGAAAAUCUGUUCCUUGAUUACAACAUCUGGAAAAUUAUGUGCAUAUUAUUCAGGAUUAUAUGUGCAAGGAAUUCUGAAGUCUGCUCAAGAUCAGUCAGAUCUCUUAAACAGCAAGUCUCGAUUUACUCUGAUAGAUGUUGCAAGUGAUAUUGUUUGGCAGUCAUGUGGUCUUUCAUCUGCUCACAGUUCCUUACAGCCUGUUAGAGGGGUUGGAAAAUUUGUCCCUGAGUUAAUGGAGGAGAUUUCUCUUCUCACACAUGACAAAGCAAAACAGGAACAUCAUUUAUUGGGAUUUAGGAGACAUCUCCACCUGAAGGCUAUGGUGGUCAUAAAAAUGGUUGAGAAACUGAGGAAAGAAAGCACUUAUAUACAACGUAUACCGUGGAAUACCAUCUUAGGUCUUGAAGACCCAGAAGAUAUCCAGAUCGUGCUAAGUACAGCAGAGAAAAUGAAACCUGGAAUUUUAAACUUAAUAAGUCCUCAUUUUCCAAGGAAGUGUUCCUGAUGUUAAAACUGAAAUAAGUAAAGAACAAAGUCCAAAUCAAAUUCAAACAUUAUUGUCUAUCAAAUGUACAUGCCUAACAGAAGAGAGGUUUUGAUUUCUCUUCUUUGGCCAUGUGAGUAGAUACCGUGUUUGUAUCUGAAAUAACUUUGUACAAAGAAAAAGUUUGCAAGAUAUGCCUGUACAUGUAAAUAGGUUAUAGUUAUGCAAUAUCACUGCACCACUUAAAAGAAUAAGGUGAGAAGUUUAGAUUUUUUAUCUAUACAUGUUCCUUUUAUAAGCAUCAUGUUACUGAUGGAAAUAUAAUUUUAAAACGUUUUGUGAUUUAUUCAUCUGGAAAAAAUCUAUCACAUAAAUGUUACUGUGAUUCAGGGGAAAGUUACUUAAUACAAACUGCUAAGGCUUCAUCUGAAACCAUUUGAUAGUAAAGUGUAUCAUAAAUGUUAAAUAGGAUUCUUUUUUUCAGAUUAAUAAUAAUAAUAAUCGCUCUAAAAGUUAUAAAAUUUGAUAAGAUA